AUGCAUUCUCUUUGGCUCUCAGCCGCUGCCCUGCUGCCGCUUGUGGCUGCGGACUGGCAGUUCAAGUCCCGAACCGACUUGGCUCCUCCUAGGCUGAACAUCACCAUCCCCGCAGCCCCAGAUGUCGAGAAGGGUUAUCUCUUCGUCGCACCUUUCUCCGGUUACCCAGACACUGCAGGAGAGCAGCAUGGUCCCCGCCAGGCGGCACCGUACAUCUUCCGCGAUGACGGAGAGCUGAUCUGGUCCGGUUACGGCUACUACUCGAUCUGGACCGCCAAUUUCCAGAAGGCACGCUGGAAAGGGAAGGACGUCCUCUUCAGCUUUGAGGGUGACCAUAACCCUGGCUAUGGUCAUGGCCAUGGUCAUAUUACGAUUCUAGACCAGCAUUAUGAAACAAUCCGUGAGCUGCGCGCAGGAAACCACAAGCUAAGCGACAAGCACGAGUUCCAUAUCAUCAACGAAGAGACUGCGCUCAUCCAGGUUUAUCAGCCUGUUCCAGCAGAUCUUACUCCGUGGGGAGCUAGUCCUGAACAGCAGUGGAUCGUGGAUGCAAUCAUCCAAGGCAUGUCUUAUCUUUGCAUUGUGAAGCACGAGCUAACAGGGACAGAGCUUGAUAUUGAAACUGGCGAACUAUUAUUUGAGUGGUCGAGCUUGGAGCAUGUGUCCCCGGACGAGGCAAUUCUGCCCAUUAACCCUGGCCAGGCUGGUUCCGGUUAUAACUCUUCGGAUGCCUGGGAUUACUUCCACAUCAACUCUGUUGACAAAGACUCAGAAGGCAACUACCUGAUCUCUGCUCGAGAUGCCUGCUCUGUCCACAAAAUCAACGGCACCACGGGUGAAAUUAUCUGGCGCCUGGGUGGAGUCAAAUCCGACUUUGAACUGGGAGACAAUGUCCAAUUCUGCUUCCAGCACCAUGCUCGUUUUGUUUCCAAAGAAGGUAGCAAGGAGGUCAUCUCGCUAUACGACAAUGCUGCGCACGGUACCGAAAACGGUCGCGGCCACGAAGUUCAUACCCAUCCAUUCUCUCAGGGCAAGAUCAUCGAGAUUGACACUGCUACCUGGAAGGCCAUCAUUGUCCAAGCCUUCCAGCCCCCCGAUGGCCUCCUUUCCAAGUCCCAAGGAAGCACCCAGCUGCUACCCAAUGGAAAUAUUCUGGUCAACUGGGGCUCUGAGGGCGCAUUGACCGAGUACCGUGCCGAUGGCACUCCUAUCUUCCACACCUACAUGGAUUCCGGUUUCCUGGGUUUCGGCGUUGAGAACUACCGUGGCUUCCGGUACAACUGGACUGGGUUGCCAAAUGAGGCGCCGGCCAUUGUGUCCCUUGAGAACGACGAGGGCACAGCUGUGUAUGUCUCCUGGAACGGCGACACCGAAACCAAGAUCUGGCGCUUCUUCCGCCUUGUCGACGAAUAUGGAUCUCGCAGCUUCCUAGGUGAGGUCGAACGUAAGGGUUUCGAGACUUCGCUCUUCGUCAAGGAUCAUGGUCUGGGCCUCGUGACAGCUGAAGCCAUUGAUGCUAAAGGCCGGGUCUUAACUUAUACAGUUGCCGUUGAAUCCAAGCCUGAGACGCUUCCUCUUAUCUCUUCAUCUGUUCAGUCCUCGAAUGCUCCUACUCACACUUUGUUUGAUGAGAACGAAGAGCAAGUUCCUCUGGGUACUAAGAAGAGUCGUUGGCGCGAGUACAUGAUCUUGAAGGUUAACCGGUUUGACUUGAUAUAA